AUGCUCCAGCUCGUCACCGCGGCCAGUUCGGCCAUCGUGCGAAUCGGCACCUUCAUCUUUCUGCGCUGGAUCCCCGGCCAUCCGUUUCCUCCGCUCAUCUUCACAGCGCUGGCGGUCUAUAUCACCUCGUUACUCUCGAAACAACCCCCGCGACGCUCUCGAUCAGCUCUUUACACCCUCUUCACCGGCAUACCAUCGUCUCCCGCUGCCACUCGAUUGACCGUCUUGAUCAACCUGGUCCUCGGCCUCUUCACCCUCGACUUCCUCCUGCAUGGCCUGAUCCUCUAUCCCUCCACCGACCUCGCCUUCUCGCGCAUCGGUUAUGUCGAACCCACCUCCGCUCAUCUGCUCAUCCGCGAACCGGAUGCUACCCAGCUGCCUCUGGUCAUUUCCUACCGUGAGGAGCAGAAGGGGGACUGGCGGCAAGCCAGCGUCAUCGGCGCCCUGAACGAGUCUACCGACUUCACGGCCGCCGUCACUCUGCACGACCUGAUGCCCGCCACGGCAUAUCGCUAUGCGCUGUCUAACAAUCGCUCCGGCUCCUUCGUCACCGCGCCGCCGUCGGGCUCCUCCAGUCUGGCCUUUGUCACUUCCAGCUGCAUGAAGGCCAACUUCCCCUACUCGCCCCGGUCCCAUCCGCUGCGCAUUCCCGGCUUGGAGACCAUGACCACCACCCUGGCCCAGCUGCCCGCGGCCGCCCGGCCUGCCUUCAUGCUGUUCCUGGGCGACUUCAUCUACAUCGACGUGCCGCAGCGCUUCGGCUCCUCCGUCUCGCACUACCGCAGCGAGUACCGUCGCGUCUACGCGUCGCCCUCGUGGGCCACCCUCGGCGCGGAUAACCAGCCGGCUCUCGACCUGCCCUGGAUCCAUACCCUGGACGACCACGAGAUCGCCAACGACUGGUCCCGGGGCAACCUCACCGCACCGUAUCCCGCCGCCGCCGACCCCUACCGUCACUACCACGUCAGUGUCAACCCGCCGCGGGCUCAGGAUGCCUUCGCCGCCUCGGAGAACGUCACCUACUUCUCCUUCGUACGCGGUCCCGCCUCGUUCUUCCUGUUGGACACGCGCACCUACCGCUCGACGCCCGGCAAGUCCAACUCCUCCAUCCUCGGCGCCGCCCAGCGCCAGUCGCUGCUGGCCUACCUGGCGCGUCCCGAGCCCCACGGCGUGCACUGGAAGUUCGUCGCCUCCAGCGUGCCCUUCACGAAGAACUGGCACGUUGGCACCUCCGACACCUGGGGCGGCUUCCUGAACGAACGCCAGAUCAUCUUCGACGCCAUGUGGCGCGCCGAGCGGGACCUGGGCGUGCGCGUCGUCCUGCUCAGCGGUGAUCGGCAUGAAUUCGGCGCCACCCGAUUUCCGGAUCCAGCAUCUCGUGGGGUUGACAGUCUAGACCAGAAGGCAGAAGACGUAGGAAGAGAAGGAAAUGGCCUCCACGAAUUCAGCGUCGGCCCCCUGAGCAUGUUCUACCUUCCCAUCCGCACCUACCGCCAGACCGACGAGGAGGAUGUCGCCAUCAAAUACCUCGCAGACGGCAAUGUCAAGUACGGAGUCAUCGACAUUGACCGCCACGACGACGCUUCCGUCCUCACCUACUCGCUGUACAUCAAUGAUGCCCUCGUCUGGCAAUACUGUCUGACGGUGCCGUUGUCCGGGUCGACGCUCCCACCGGGACAGGUCCUCUUGGAUUCUUCCUCCUCGACGUGGAGUUCUCUUCAAACGAUGUUGGGAAGGAUGGAGGAGAUGGCGGGACGGUUGCGUCGGCGGUUCAUGCGGACUUAUUCUGCUUGGAAUUCAAGACCUUGA